AUGCUAACCCUUGAGAAAGCCCACCCAGGUUCAGAAAGGAUGGAUCCUCUCCCGACGGACGGAGAGAUAUUAGCCCUCCAGAAACUGGCCGAGCGAAACGAGAGGAGGGUCGAACGCCUAGGCAUAAAACUCUACGAACUAGAAUCAAAAGGCCUAUCCAGAGAGCAAGCAGACAGGAAAAUUGUGCGAUACUUGAUGAAAGCGACCGAGUUUGUGGAGGCAGUCAACGAAAGAGUAGAAAUGGCAUGCGCAGGAAAGCUCCCUGCCCAAGCAACCGUCCAAUCAGUCCAGCAAAUGGUGGGCUCGGUAGAUGCUUGUGUGCGCCGAGUAGACGGCCAGCUUUACCUCCUGCACACUUCGCGGCCAUUCAGCCCCCUUCUCGAAGAGAUAUUAGGCGUUAUGAGCUCCCAGUUGCCCUCGGAGGGAGAAUCCAAUGGAGUUGGGAACGCUACUGGGCCUCGGGCGGGAUUUAUGGAUAGGCUGUGUAGAUCCAUCCGUUUUCUUGUCUGAGGCGAGCGGCACGGGGAGCGGUGUUUCACGCUGGGACUCCAGGCAAUCAUUUUGAUAUCUUGUCUCUGGUAGUUCCAGAUCCCGUGACCCUAGUGUAGACUCAGAAUACGAGAAACCACUCUGAGGUUUAUCCCUGUAUCACAGAGAAAAACCUUCAUUUGUGGAAUUUUAUUAUGCAUUGAGGGUUACUGUACCGGUAUAUAGACAAGCGAAAUUUUUGCC